AUGAUAGAUCCGAACUACUCAUGGCCUCUGGUCCUUUUGACUGACUUGGACGAAAGCUGCCAAACGAGACUCAUCGAUAACACAAGAUCAACUAUUGCAAAAGAUAUCCAAUGUCAUUCAAAAUUCUACUUCGGCGAAGACAGUCAGCUCGAAAUCACAGAGGACAAGGUCAACAUCCAAACAUGGACUCCGCCUAAACGACUCCUUGAGUCCAUAGCGCAGCAAGGCCCCAACAGAGACAGCCAGGCCAACAUUCAUGCUCUUGCGGUGCUUGCACACCGAUCCGGUCGAUCAAGAAUUAUCGUCGCUGAUGAAAUGACCAAACGCCAGCUCCUUGGAGCUCCGUUUCGCAACGAAGGGUUGGAGACUAAAGUGGUAACGGUAGUGGCUGUCUCCACUCGCCUAGUGCCACCAACGAACGAGCUUUAUGUCUAUGCUCGACGCUCGUUCUGCUUCCAUGAAGGACCAGUUUACCGCUUCACGUCUACUCUUGAUUGGGAAACACGGGAGCCUCAUAAUGACGAUCAGGUCAUUGACUUCAAGUCGUUUGCUACUAGCUGGGGACCUCUCUGGGAGCAUCUAAAUGAAGAUCAACUAGGGAAGCAAGAAGGCUUGUUGCUCCGUGACCCGGACAAUGGGGUUUUCGCUGCCAACACCGGGACUAUUCUUGGCUGGGAACGCUACAUUAACGCAGUUCAUACCGCCUUGAAACCGCACCUACCCACGGAACUCGUGGAUGAGAUCAGGAAACAGGUGGACAACUUCGAAAUCAGCAUGCCAGCAUGGGAUUCUCCUCCCAGCGAGAAGCAUAUGGUCAUAUUUAUUCUCUUCGACGCCACGGCUGACGAACUUGCCAAUAUACAUUCGGAAAUACAGAAAGCUAUUCCAGCUUCCUUCCAGGGAAAUAAGCGACGCAUCAUGAACACAGAUCCUAAUGGCACCUCCGACUAUCUGAUGACAACUUACAAGAGGAUACCUCACAUGACGUUCGAAUUGAUUCCGUGGCAACGACACCACAUGUUCAGCCGAAGAGACCUUGCAGCCUUCUGGAGUGAAUACCGUCUCUGGGAUGCUAGAUGUGUGGCGAGAGAAGAUAGUUUUCCUUUUCUGUAUCUCACUAGUCCCUAUGAGAGCAUCGACUCAGCUCUGUUCGGCGCCAUGAUAUGCGAGAAUGAAGAAAGAAAUGAUGCGAUGGCAUUAUUGACAGGAAGACUAAAGCUGGGAAGCAUCUGCAGAUCUAUGCACAGGUGUGGAGAUAUUCGCUGGUUCGAUGCCACGGACUUGGAACCCAGUGAUGUUGAUCGCGGUUUGGGUUACGAAGAGAAGUUGCGUCACCCCGAUCAGCCUUUCUAUUGUGAUUUUUCAGUCUGGGAACCAGCUAUUUUCGAGUAUCGCACGUACCCGAUAUUCUUGCUCACGCAUCAACUGAGCGAGGAAGAUAUCAAAAGGAUUCAGCAAGAAAUGCGUGUGGAAGUUGAUGCGCAUGAAGAUCCUGAUCACUGGGACCCGGAUCAUCCAAACCGUGCCGUUAUUAUACCUUGGAAAAAUGGCGAAGGGAGCCAGGUCGACGGCAAAGUGAAGGAUAUCUGGGACAUUGUCCGGAAUAUUUGCACCUACCCAACGAUCUCGCGAGCUCUGGACAUCGAAAUUGUCUGUUUGGACCGCCAGUCUGCCGUCGACUCAACAGUCCUCGUUGUGAGAACCACGCAGUAUUUUGUGGACCCGUUUCAUCCGCUACUCAAACACCUCCCAUACCCACGCCUUCCGGGGUUCGAAUAUACUCGCGUACCCGCACGUUUAGCAGGGUUCAUGAUGAGAACUAUUUUGAGGGACGAAGAUGAAGCUCCAGGCUACCAGUGGUCAACUUACUUCCGACCGGGUUGGCCGGGGCCUGAGGAAUUCCCUGAGGCCUAUGAAGGACUAGAACAAUUGGUCGGUGAGAAUUCUUUCCCUUGA